UUGUUCAUUUAUGCGUGAUACACCCAACAGUCUACGACCAUGUCUUCAGUGACAGAACUUCUGUGUAUAUUUAUUUUAAUAUUUUUGUUAACGUGGUACUUGUACUACCUGUACUGCUUCAACUACUGGAAGAGAAAAAAGGUUCCCAGUGCUACCCCUCUCUUUCCAACUGGUCACAUUUUGAAGCCAAUAUUAGGCAAAGAAAAUAUUUUUGUGACCACAGCCAAUCAUUACAAAGAAUUCAAAAGUAAAGGCUACAAACACGCAGGUCUGUAUUUUUUCAACGGCCCUGUGUAUCUACCAAUUGAUCCAGCGAUAGUUAAGUCUAUACUAACCACCGACUUCGAACAUUUCGUGGACAGGGGAACGUUCGUAGACGAAAUAAACUCCCCUCUUACUGGAAAUUUAUUCUCACUAAAAGGCCUAAAAUGGAAAAGUCUCCGAAGCAAAUUAUCUCCCACGUUUUCGUCAGGGAAACUCAAAACCAUGUACGAAAUCUUCAUGAAAAUGACCCAGAACUUCGUGAGUACCGUUGAACAAACAGCUCGAAAAGACGGCGAAGUUAAUAUAAAAUACAUAUCGUCGAAUUUUACUGUGGAUCUCAUUUUUUCCACCGCUUUUGGUUUAGAGGGUGAUACUUUGCAAAAGCCUGAUGGAAAAUUGUCACAAACCACGAAGACUUUUUUCACUGUUUCCACGUGGGAAUUCUUUAAAAAUGUGGUUCUAGAUGGGUUCCAAAAUCCGGGAAAUAUAGUGCGAGGGGUAUAUGGAAAAAAAUCUUUAGAAAGCUUCUUCAUGGAGCUUGUCACUAACACGAUUAAACAUCGAAGCGAGCAGAAAAUUAUCAGAAGGGACUUCAUGGCACUGCUUCUCGAAGUCAGGGAUAAAGAAGGUCUAAGUUUCAACGAAAUUCUCGCCCAAUGUUUCUUGUUCUUUUUGGCCGGAUUUGAAACCUCUUCUCAGACUAUAAGUUACUGUAUUCACGAAUUAGCCCACAAUCAAGACAUACAAAAUAAACUUCGUGAGGAAAUCUUCAACAAUUUAGGAAAAGAUUUCACGAAGUACUCUUACGAAGAUAUCUUCAAACUUCCGUACUUGGACCAAGUUUUCAAUGAAACGUUACGUUUGUAUCCAGUUUUGGGAUUCUUUAACCGAAUGUGUGUUAAACCAUACAAAGUUCCUAGCACGGAUGUUGUUAUUGAAAAAGGGACGCCUGUUUUGAUCCCAGUUUUGGGACUACAACGAGAUCCUGAAUAUUUUCCUGAUCCGAUGAGGUUUGAUCCUGAGAGAUUUAGAGAGGGACAGUUGCACGUUCCUUGUACGUUUUUGCCAUUUGGCGAAGGACCACGAUUCUGCAUUGGUAUGCGAUAUGGAAAGCUCCAGACGAAACUAGGGAUAGCAGCUUUGGUAUCCCGGUUCAGGUUUUCACCAAGCUCUACUACUGCAAGACAUGUCGAAUUUGAUAAAUUUUGUAAAGCGUUAGUGAUGGUACCUAAAGAAGGCAUAAAUGUGAAAGUAGAAGAACUAUAACCAUACAAAACCUAUUAGAUAAGUUAAUUAAAUUGUUUAUUUUUUACUUUUCACAACAGCUUGCACUUGAACUUAUCAUUUAAAUAAUAAAUCUUGUCAAUUAUUAUCCUAAAAAUAGUAUUAUGUAAAAAAACCGAUUACAAUAAUAUA